GUGAAAUCCCUAACUUUGAAUGACGAUCGAAUGAUCACACAAGAUUUGCUGUAUGGUAAUUCAUUAAUCAAGCCAAAUGAAGAGUUUCACCGAGAUAAGACCAUUGCCCAAGUGUGUAGCAAAUCGUUAUCAAAGUUCAAUUCCAAGGCUUCGAUUCAUGUAUUACAGGGUUAGCUUUUCUCUGUACUUUGUUUAAUUGUAUUGCUUGCAAUUUCUCAUGGGAUUACUUUUUAGGAGACAUCUUAAACCUCAGUGCCGCUGAUUUUGAAAAGUUCGAUACAGUUAUAAUCAGUUGUUGCUCGAAGAUAAAAAGAAGAGAAGUAAAUUCAAGAUGCCGACAAUUAACAGAUCCUAUAGCCUUCUAUAGCGUACAAUGCAGGGGAUCUUUGGCUGAGAUAUUUGUCGAUUUGAAAAGUCACACAGUAUGUGAGAGAUUAUUUGGACAAGAUUUGAAAAGCAUUAUGGAGUUCUGUAGUUUCGAGGAGGCCAUUGCAGUUCCUUGGAAAACACUUCCUAAAGGAGUGUCGGAGAUAUUCUUAGCCAUGAGCGUUGCUGAAAAUUUUGAAGCAACACAUAGGAGGAAUGUAGGAAAGUUGUCUGCCACCGACUUCCAAAAUUUAAAGACAUUUAAGGACGUCUUAUGUGAUAAACAGCAAUUCAAUCACAAUCAUAUUUCCAGUGCUACGUUGGAAAAACUUACAGGAAUUACAGCUUGCAACAUCCAUUCCAUAGUUGGGGCUAUUUUGGCACAGGAUAUUCUAAAGGUUAAAUUUGGAGAGCAAAAACCAAUCCAUAACUUCUACCAUUUUGAUGGGGAAGCGGCCGAAGGGACCCUUCUUCAAAUUGGUUGUUGAUAAAGAAGAAGCUGGAAAGAGCGGAUCAAUCGA